AUGUCGGCAGGCAACCAAUUACCAGCAAUAGACAUUCCCGAGUCUCGUAACCUUCGUAAUCGAAGACGAAGCUCUCAAGCAGGCGCGGCGGGAGUAGCUAACAGCUUAGCGAGCACAUUCCAAUCAUGGACAGGCAAUCUUGCCACAACGGCAAGUACUUACAUGUCAGAUAACAUUGCUAUUCCGGCGUCGUACUUGACGGCAAAUGAAUUCGACAAUGUCGAACAAGGCCCCACAGAAACCACUUCAAUAUAUUCACCGCCUCACGAUUCACGCAUGAAUCCAAUAAAUAUAUCUUUACGACACAAUCCAUAUGGAUAUUACGGAGUAGACGGUUCGUCGUUAGCUAGUAGAUACUUUAGUCCGUUAAGUGGAUAUGGAUCCUUUUUGGCACCCAUUGCAGGCAGUCCGGCUGGAUCAACAGAUUAUUUUGACAGUUCGGCACCUGAUGUAUCAGAGACACGUCCACAAAUGUCAAGAAGGAUGUCGAGAGCAUCGGUGAGGAGUGAGUUGCCGAAACUAUACGAUAUACCCGAAUCUGCUCCGCUUAUGAGGAGGGGCUCUCAAGUAUCAGCAUCGAUACCGGUAUCAGUGAUACAGGAUGUCCAUGCCAUUCCAAUGCAAUACGGAUCAACAUUUAAACAGUCGAUAUUCAAUUCAUGUAAUAUACUGAUCGGCAUCGGUAUACUUGCUCUGCCGCUGGGAUUCAAACUUGCCGGUUGGGCAAUUGGACUGUCGUUAUUUUUCUUCUGUUUAAUAGUCACCAAUUACACUGCCAAGAUUCUCGCCAAGUGUCUUGAUUAUGACGAAGGACUCCAUACCUAUGCUGACAUGGGCGCAAUUGCAUUUGGAGAGGGAGCAAGGAGUGUGAUAUCUCUUCUCUUCUCUUUAGAACUUUUGGCUUGUGCAACUGCAUUGGUCAUCCUCGUUGGGGAUUCAUUACACACGAUCUUCCCUGAUGUCUCGAUCAUCGCUUUUAAAAUAUUAGCAUGGAUUAUUAUGUCUCCCUUGACACUUAUGCCAAUCCGAUACCUAUCGUAUUUCUCUCUACUUGGGAUAUUAUCAGCAUCUUAUCUGGCCCUUAUACUGGUCUUUGAUGGUCUAUCAAAGCCCGCCAGACCUGGUAGCUUAUUGGACCCAAUGGAAACUGAUACUUGGCCUCCAGCAUUGGCUACUCUCCCAUUGAGCUUUGGUCUAAUUAUGGCUGGAUUCACGGCCACGUUUGCACAGCCACUUAUAUUAUCUGCUUUUCACGCUGAAUUAGGUCAUGCCGUGUUUCCAGCAAUCUAUAGAGACAUGAAGGAACCUAAACACUAUCCCAAGAUGGUCAACAUUACUUAUGCAGUGACUGCUACCAUUUACAUGAUAAUGGCAUGUUGCGGAUAUUUAAUGUUUGGCAGAGAAACCAAAGAAGAGGUUACUCAAAACAUUAUGGCAACUCCCGGUUAUAACAAAGUCCUUAACCAAAUCGUUGUCUGGAUGAUUGCCAUCAAUCCAUUAGCUAAAUACGCCCUUACACUCAAUCCAAUCAAUCUAACUCUGGAAAUAUAUUGUUCUUCCAUUCCGGCGGUUGGGGAGUGGUAUAACUCAGGACGUGGUCGUAGAACGGCUCUCACAAUUGCAACUCGUUUACUGAUAUCUACACUUGUCGUUUGGUUGGCAAUCCAAUUCCCUGGGUUUGAUAAGUUGUUUGGAUGGGAGCUGUCGUUCCGACAAAAGUUGAUAGAUUACUUUAUCAUUACCGUAUGUACCUGCCUAGCAUCUCUAGGCACUCUCUGGGCUGUUCUUACUUGA